AUGUCGAGAACGCUUCUAAUCACCGGUGCCACCGGGAAACAAGGCGGCAGUGUGAUCGAUAACCUCAUAAACCAGGACGCGGACUUCGAGAUUCUUGCGGUCACCCGAGAUGCCCAGUCAAACGGUGCUCAAAAGCUACUCAAGAAGUCCUCGAAUAUCAAACUGGUGGAAGGGAAUCUAGAUCACCCAGAGGAUAUCUUCAGACAAGCCCAGAAAGUCACUACGCAGCCUAUCUGGGGUGUGUUCAGCGUACAGACACCUGUCCCAGGCCUCUUCAAGGAGGAUUCCGAAGAAAGACAAGGUAAAGCACUUGUCGACUCAGCCCUCAACAACAAUGUGAAGGUCUUCGUAUAUACGUCCGUCGACCGUGGUGGUGAUGCGUCCAUCGACAACCCAACUCCCGUCCCCCACUUCAUUCACAAACACAACAUCGAACACCACCUUAUCAACCAAUCCAAGGGAGCAGAUAUGCAAUGGACAAUCUUGCGUCCCGUGGCAUUCCUUAAUAACUUUACGCCUGAUUUCCUUGGAUCCGUGUUCGCUACUAGUUGGAAGAUCGCUCUCCGCGGGAAGCCACUCCAGCUGAUAUCUGUCACGGAUAUUGGAUUCUUUGGUGCGCAAGCAUUUUUGUACCCGCACGAGUAUAAGAAUAGGCCUUUAUCGCUGGCAGGUGAUGAGCUCACAUAUGAUGAAAUGGCGAGGAUAUUCAAGAGGGUUACCGGAGAGGAUUGCCCCCUUACUAAUGGGUUCCUUGCUCGAUUAUUGAUGUGGGCGUUCAAGGAAUUGGGGGUUAUGUUUCGGUGGUUUUAUGACUCUGGGUAUAAAGCCGAUAUUCCAGCGUUAAGAAGGGUACAUCCAGGUUUGAAGAACUUUGAGGCGUGGCUAGAGACGGAAAGUGGGUUCUUAUCCAAGUAG